AUGCCUCAACUUACGAUAACACGACCAACGUCAGUGGUUGGUGUAAAAAGACGAUCAUUCCAAGCAGAACCUCCAAAUUCUCACACAUCGAAACUGUUUAUACCACAGACCCUAAAGGACUACGGUAUUGAUGAAAAGAAUCCCAAGUCCGAUCGAUUAGAUGAAGAUCAGCUGGAAUCCCUUCGUCUGGAACUCCACAAAAUCACAUCAUCCCUGCUGAAAGCAGACACAAGGAUAAUCUCCCUUCACGACGAGUGGACCACUCUUCAGCAAUCCAGUCCGCGUGAAACCGAACAAUUCGACGAGUAUAUCACCAAAUAUGGAGACUACAGAACUUCCAUCACUCAAGCUGUGACUCAGCUCGAAGAACUCGACCUCUUGCUCAAUAAAGUGGACAACGAGUUUAGAGGACGCGAUCUCAGCGUCUCUUCAGACUCGUCAGAAAACCCAGUAUCAUGUCAGCAGAUUUCAUGUCAAGAGCAGCCCACAAGAUGA